GCUGCAGCCUCCCGCCCGCACUUGCGCUGCAGGCCAGGGGGGAUCUGUGGAGCUGCGCUGCGCGGAGGCCUGUGCCUCCACAAGGACCUGCGGGUGGCUCAUGGGUGGGCUUUGUGCGCAUCAGCAUUGCUCAGAGCUCCGAGACCCUGCUGCUUCUUCACAGCCCCUGGUGACUGCGGUGGGGCAAAGCCGCCCUUCUGCCCGAACCUGCCCCCGGGCCUGUGGCAGCUGCUGCGAGCAGCUUGAGUCCUCUCACAUUCAGCUCUUGUUCUGCAGUAACAGGCUCUUGUCACAGCCUGGCUGGCGUUGUGUGAAAAUAAUUACCUUGGUGCAUUGGUGUUUUUGAUGUUCGUCAGCUUAGUUACAAAACUACAGAGGGGACUGUGGUUUGUAAAGCUCCGUUUCUGACACCUACAGAAAGCUUUGGCGCGCAGUGUACAGUAAAAGCGCACAGGGAUGUUGCUGACUCCUGUAUGUUACUGCUGUGGCUGACUGGCACAGUGACAGCAGAGAAAAAGUGAUUUGUAGAAACAGAAAUUGCUAGUCAAUGGUAGGGAGUAGUGUCUGCACAGAAUUCAUAGCAAAAUGUAAAUGCCAUCAACUCUUGUAUAGAUGCAAAUAAAGAGUCCCAGUCUUUUUCUGCUUUACCCCACCAGUAUUCAUAUAUUGAAGCGUGACAUUAACAACAGGGAUUUUUUAAUGUCUUACUUUGUCUUAGUAAGUCAUUAACUUAGUAAGUUUACAGAUGUCAGUCAUCAGGUGAUCCAUAGUUCUUCUGUGCGUAUAUUCUCUCAAAUAAGGCUCUUGACUGCACACAUUGGUCCCUCUGUGUCUAUUUUUUACGUCUUAAUAACAGAACAGAUUUUCUUCUCUGACACAUUUUGUGAUAUGUUUUAUCCUUUUAGCUGAGCACUACUUUCUUACUCAGUCCCUGGGAAGAAACUUGCUCCAAGUGGUGAUCUACAAGAGCUUGGCUUCUUAGCCCAUACACUCCAUCAGCUAACUUCUACAGACUGUGCCUUUACCUCUGUUGCUGAGUGCUGAUAGUUUCCACAAGGCCUUUUAGCUUGGCUGAUGGGCCGUGGCGCUGCAUGCUUUCUUUACCUGUCGAAAGAAUGUGCUUCUGGCGAAGAGCACGUCCACCCAGAUAGAAGGUGUCUUUGCUGCGACCAGAGGAAGUUCAGUCCCAGAAGAACAAGAAGCUCUUCUCCAGCAGUGGCUGGAGGAAGGAGCAGGGAACUUACCAGACAGUGAGAGAGUUCCGGCAGUGGGGAAAGUAUCAGUUACGCUCACUAGUGACUGGUUAGAAGGUUCAGAGCUAUUGAUGACUAGCCUCAGUGACCUGAGUUCAGCUCCAGAAGUCACGCAGUGCCCUGGUCAGCAGCUCACAGAGCUACACGGCUUGGCUUCUUCAGAACCGCAAGAUGAUGCAGUGACUGAACUGGCAAAAUCACCAGCAGAGGAAGCAGUGGCUGUAACAGGCAGCGCCUCUUGGGCGACUGUGGUGCCACAGACGGAUCACCAGAUAGCUGGCUGUGCUGCUAUCGGUGUAGAAGUGCAGAAUGAAGACCCAGCUGUGCUGGCCUGGAGUUUAGCAUGUGAUGCAAAGCCAGUGCCAGUGAAGCCCCCAGCCUGGCCCAUUCAGGAUACAGUACAAUUUUGUCCUCUCCUGACAGAGGUACCCUACCAUGAGGUUUUAUGGAGAGACUGGGAAGAUCUUUCUGUCCAGCCCUGUAUGCUAGAGCAGGUCUCGAAAAACACUCCUCUCUUCGAAUUUCGAGUCAUGUCUUACAACAUCCUUGCUCAGGACCUGGUGGAGCAGGGCUUUGAACUCUACUUACACUGUCAUCCAGACAUCCUGAACUGGAACUACCGCCUUCCAAAUCUUUUGCAGGAGAUCCAGCACUGGGAUCCUGAUGUUCUGUGUCUCCAGGAGGUGCAAGAGAACCAUUACUGUGAGCAGCUGGAACCGGCGUUCAAGGAGAUGGGCUUUGCGUGCGUCUAUAAACGGAGAACUGGGACGAAGACAGAUGGCUGUGCAGUGUGCUAUAAGCACAGCAGGUUCCAGCUGAUCAGCCUGAGCCCCAUAGAAUACUUCCGCCCUGGCCUAGAUGUCCUCAAUCGGGAUAACGUGGGCUUGGUGCUGCUGCUACAGCCUCUGCUUCCAGAGGGCCUAGAUCUGAAGGCAGUCAGUCCUUUGUGUGUGGCCAACACUCAUGUUUUGUUCAAUCCCCGGCGGGGAGAUAUCAAACUGGCCCAGAUGGCCUUGCUUCUAGCAGAGAUUGACAAGGUUGCAAGAACUGCUGAAGGCAGCCACUAUCCUGUCAUCUUAUGUGGAGACCUGAACUCUGUACCUGAUUCUCCACUCUACAAAUUCAUCCGGAACGGUGAACUUUCCUACCAUGGGAUGCCAGCCUGGAAGGUGUCUGGUCAGGAAGACUUUUCCCAACAGUGGCAUUCACGGAAACUGCUGACUCCACUGUGGCCAAGCUCACUGGGUGUAACAGACAACUGCCAAUAUGUCACCCUGUGCCAGCCAAAGAAACCAGGCAGAUGUAAGUACAGCCGGGACUUCUUGCUCCAGUUUCGUUUUUGUGAUGUUGCUUGUGAACGACCACCACAGCUGGACCUCUUGGAAGGUGUGACAGAUGCUAAACCAGACCGCCCUGCAAACUGGCCCAAGCCUGCUGCCAUGGUGAAAGACCCUGAUCCCCAGCCAUUUGUCCCAAGGUCUUCAGGUGUUAUCCAGCACGGCCUCAAGCUGACUUCUGUCUACAGCCACUUCCUGCCACAGAAGGGACGCCCAGAGGUCACCACGAUGCCCAUGGGGCUUGGAGCCACUGUUGAUUAUAUCUUCUACUCAGCAGAGCCUGUGGAGAAUGGGAACAGGGGAGGUCGAAGGCUGUACAAGGAUGGAGCCCUGAAGCUGCUUGGCCGCCUUUCCCUUCUCUCUGAAGAUGUCCUGUUGCUGGCAAAUGGCUUACCAAAUCCUUUUUGCUCAUCUGAUCAUCUCUGCCUGUUGGCUAGCUUUGGCUUGGAGAUCUCCAGCCUCAGAGAGGCCUGCCAGGGGUCAGAUAGCCAACCUGUGGCAUCCUCCUGCACCAGACUGAAGUUCAUGCUACUGCCUUCUUCUGGAGCCAGCCAUGUUUAGGUAGGUAGAACCUGUACAACUGACUUUUGUCUUUUGACAGGUGUUGGGAGGGAGGGGAGAACUAACUUGGAGUGAGAUUGUCAGUCGCUUGGAUCCCAGUGUACCUUUUGCAUUCUGUCAGUGUACUUUUGUCAGCAGAGGCUUGGCCAGUACAAAACCAAUAGAACUGUACCUGUUCCUAGGGCAGGUUCCCCAGUUCAGCCUGACAUUUGGUGCUCAGUUUUUUCUGUGAGAGAUGGGAGCAAUAUUGACAGAAACAUUAUCAAUCUUCUGUUCAAAAAUGAGGUAGGGAAGUCUGGUCCCACCUCUGGUUUUUGUAGGAAGGUAUGAGGAGACUUGAAGUACUGUUCUCUCUUCCUGGGUUAUACUGGGGGACUUUUAUGUUUUAAGCGUUACUUUCUUUAUUGAAUUUUUUUUUUUCUGAUCUAAGAGAAAACCACAAAGUAAUCGCAGCACCUUGUGCUUCUGGCAGCUGAACCCUCUGAGGACUUGCCCAACAUGGCUUUGCUGGUUGGUAUGUGAAAGAGGACAGGACAAAUCAGCUACACAAGGUAGUAGUAAAUGAGGGUUGAAGAGAGGGAAGAAGUGGGCCUAGCUGUUGUCUCCCAGCACAUCCCAGAAUCCCAGAGGAGUUUGCAAAGUGGUUUGCAUUCAGGAACCCUUCCCCUUCUCCCAAAGAAAGCAAGUACUGCUGAUCUUUGACAUUUCACUUCUGUAAACUGUACAGAAACAAGGGGUGAUGGGCAGGGGGAUUGUGUUCUGUGCCCAUGUGAUUAUGCAAGGACUGCAGAUUCCGUUCUUGCCCCUGCCAGGUGCUGUGGUAUUUUCCUGUUGGUGUGUGGAUGGCUUUUGCUACCCCAGUUGGGAUAAAAUGCAGGAGUCUGUAUAAGUGAACAGCAGUCUGGGGGUGAGUAAGUUUGCAGCGUUGUUUGCCCUUAGUUUCACAGGUAACGGUUCUGGCGUGGCACUGGUGUGUGUACAUGGGGAGGAAUGCAGAGCUGUGUAUUUCUAUGGCUGUGUUUAUCUGACAGUUGCAUUAAUUUCUGCAAGUACCCUUAUUCCGAUUUUGUAAGUGGUUGUAUUUGUAAAGGGAGUGAAGGAAAGGGAAAUCAGUGAACUGAGAGUUUUAUUUUCUGCCAGCAUAACUCCCAUGUUUAUUUCUGCCUCUUUAAAAGAGGUUGACAGAAAGCAGCCUGAUUGCAGAUAACUGCCACCAGCUGCUAACAUUGUAAUAGGAGACUUGGAAGACACUACAGGUUUAAAAACAACCAACCAAAAGCAAAACAAAAACCACUGUGACCCAUAGCGUUGGCACUUAGGGCUAUCUGCUUCAGUUGUAAUUGCUGGCUGUGUCUGACGGUCAGUUGAUGAGGGGUGUGUGUGAAAGCAGCCCUCCUACCCACCUGUUGAGACCCUGCGCUGGCCGAAGCACCCUGCCAAUCUUGGGAUGUAACUGAGGCAGAGGAGCUGUGCUUCAACAUCACAAGUGCUUCUUCCAUUUUGUUUAAACCAAAGACUUGACUUUUCUUUUGGCUAACUUGUGUUAAGGCAUCUCUCAGGGAGGUUUUAAGGUUCCAGCUAUAUUUUGUUGAAAAAGCUACUGUUCCACAGGUCAAGUUAAUGCUUUCUCUUUCAAUACAUGAAAUGGUAUGGUAUGAACUUGAAAUGGUUCAGUAGCUGAACACUGGAUAUAGAGUCACGUGCUGAGAAACCUCAAGACAGUGCCUGCAAGUCCUCUUGAUUCUUCUUUUUGAAGGUUAGAAAAUGCCCAGAGGGACCUGUAGCUCCCAAAGCUGUGGCUCGUAUGCUUCCUUGGGCAUUCAUAGAUGAAACUAUUGCAGAAAUGCAGGACCACUGCUAGCGACACACAAAGCCAGAGCUGUAGAGUUGAUUGCUGUGGUGGUUUUGAUCAGUGCCCUGAAGCUGCGGUAUAGACCCUUACAGAGUUGGCCUGUUUCAGGAAAGAAAAAACAACCGUGUUCUAGAGCAGUUUGGAGUUGAACGUCAAAUGGAUCUGGAGACCUGCGAGUGCUUCUGGCUGUGGGGUACUAUAGAAGUUUGGAGGCGGGCUGGGUGGAAAAGAGUCCCUACCUCUAAAAUAGCAACUAUUAUAUAUUUAUAGGGAGAAAAUAAUGUGUUCUGUGAUGCUUUAAGAAUAGCACAGAGUGAUAUAAUAAAGAGGCUGUGGUAAUGAGUAACUCGUGGAAAGACACAGAACUGAGAUUCCAGAUGUCGCUCUUAACACUGUUUCCUGAGCUAAAUGCAUGACUAGCUGUCAUUAGCACAGCUUUCUGAUGAAUUACAGAGGUCUGUAAACAGUUACGAAAGUGGAACAGCAGGAAUAUCUGCUAUACUCAGAAAGGAAAGGUAUCAUAGAGGUAGGAUCAUCUACACCAUCUUGAUAGCGCUGUAGAGCUCAAGGAGACUGGUACUUAGGGGAAGGGAUGCCAGAGACUGCUGGUGGUGUGUACACAUACCCUGUUACCAGUCUUAUAAACUGCAGGAGUGUGCAGCUGUAGAGGCAAACACGUAUUUGACAAAGUAUCUUUGCUGGACAACAGCUUAGACUGCACCACAGCUGCUAGGAUGUUUUUAGUUAUGCUAUUUAGAUAGAAGUUGGACUUCCUUCGCUUUCUCAGAGUUUUAAGUUCAUCACUUCAGGAGGGUGCCCUUUAUAAUCAGUUUUCCCAAUUACAUGGGAGAUGGGAGGAGUGGUAAACAAUAUAAUUGCUCCACUUUUUUUCUUUUUCUUAAUAAACGAAACUUGGCUGCUGCUUGAGGUCAUCUUUCUCCAUGCCUUUUCCUUAUGAGGUCUCUCUCCAGCAGCUGUUUUCCCAUGACUGCCAUCUCCAGUUAUCUUUCUGAGUUAACUGAUGUUUAUUUCUUUCUGCAGCUGUAUUUCUUUAGUUAAAAGCUGGGUUUCUUUAGGGCUAAGUCUUCUAAACUCAGCAUUGAAAUAGCAUCAAGCCAUAAAAUAGUGGGUUCCCUCACACCUGAGGAAUUACGUGGGAGGGGUGAGAGGUCUGAAACCAACACUUACACAGGAACAACUCUUGUUUUAUAUAACAAAAAGAAAGUUUUAAGAUUUAUCAUUAGCGCUUUGUAUGCCACCUGCUCUGUGAAGCACAGGAUAACCCUGAAAUAUACUGGGCCUUGGUUCCUUUUCUCUGAGGCAUCUCUUAGAGGCUCUAAGAACAGUUCAGCAUCUCGGAGAGAAUCUUUUUUUAAGAGUAGAUAAAGGUACGUGUCCUGCUUCUAAUAGUAUCUGAGAGGUGUUGGCAAACGGUCUGCAAAGCAGGGUGUUGCUACAGAGCAAUUUCUUUUCCCAUUGCCACCACCUCAGUAAUAAAAGCUUAUUGGAUGUACUGUUAAGAAUUUGCAGGCAUAUCCGUGGUUCAUCCAAAUGCAGAUGCAGCCUUUUGUGGGCCAUUUAAAGGAGGAGAACACAAGCCUUAGUAGGAUACCAUCUGCUUUCAGUAGGCUUCCUGUUGUGCAAGUUAAUUGAAUUGCUGGCUGUGACCUGCUCCUUACCAGCCUGUAGCUGCUUGGCCUGUAGUGCUUCCCCUAGUACCAUCACACUGAAAUAGGCAAGCUGCAUGAUCACUGCCGUUGAACGUACUGCGUGUUUCAAAGUAUGAUGCUGAGUUUCUACAGAAAACUCACCUGCUAUAAUGAUAACCAAGAUGACUGAUUUAACAGCUGGCAUGCCUCAAGCUCCUUCCUCUUGGCAGCCAUACAAAUUUGGCUUCUGAUGAGGCAAGUUGUCCAUCAGCUUCCACUGAAAAUGCCAUUCUAGUCUUGAAGCUCUUUUAAAUUUAUUUUUAUAUUUAUUUAUUUUAUUUCAGAUCUAGAUUGCACAUACUUGUGCUCUAAGGGAAUAGGAAUGCUGUAUAGCAGAGCUGGAAAAUUUUUCCUAACUUUGGUUAGACAAACACAGCAUUUUUCAAGGUGCUGAGGUGACAAAUGGGAGGACUAGACUAGAUGCUGGCAUGUGCUACAACAAAAGAUGCAUUUGUUCCAUCCAGUCUUUCCUUUUAAGUACAAAAAAAGACUUGACUUCAAGCCUUAGCAAUGUUACUUAGUUUUUUAGCCUUUUCUUUCUGGAUGGGAAGCCUUCUACACCAGUCUUAAGUUUAUUCAGUUAUUGGCUGCUUCUGGGAGCUGGUCCUGAACAGGGGGGGUAGAUGCACACAGUAGUUAUUCUAAAGAUAUUCUUCUCCUCCCUUCCUCUCGCAGAAUGAGGUGGGAGAUGGGAUGGUAGUCACUCUUUGCCAAAAUAAAAAUACAGACUGGGAAAGCCAACUCAGCUGAGUUAAUUGAUGUCUGUAAUGGCCUGCUAUCCACAGUGUGUCAUACGCCUUUGCCUUCCAUAAUCCUGCAGUCUCUGCAUGAAUGGUGCUCUUAAGGCUCAGUCUCACUCUGAAAUGAAUGGAUUUCUAUGUGCUUUUAGGCACUUCUGCAGUCUUGGACUUCCCAGCAUAGCAGCUGACUCGGUUUCUUUUUUUUUUUUUAAUUACUGCUUCACUGAAUUGUGUAUCCUUUCUACAAUAAAGGUUUUUCACUAAGGUACAA